AUGAACGGUAACGGAAUAACGACGUUAAAGGGUGACACAAUUGGCCCGUGGAAGUUGGGCUCGACACUGGGUGUUGGCUCAACAGGUAAAGUCGUAAUGGCCUAUAAUGAAACUAAAGGACAACAAGCCGCUGUGAAAAUUAUAUCAAAAUCAAUAUUCAACGCUCAAGGGUCGACAAUGAUUGGUGGUAACGAUCCUGAUGUCUUACCCUAUGGUAUUGAACGUGAAAUUAUCAUUAUGAAGUUGUUGAAUCAUCCUAAUGUCUUGAGAUUAUACGAUGUUUGGGAAACUUCAAAAGAUUUAUAUAUGGUUUUAGAGUACGUUGAAAAAGGUGAGUUAUUCAACUUGUUGGUGGAAAGGGGCCCAUUACCUGAGAAUGAGGCAGUCAGAUUUUUCAGACAGAUAAUUAUCGGUAUUUCUUACUGCCAUGCGUUAGGUAUAGUUCAUCGUGAUUUGAAGCCUGAAAAUCUUUUAUUAGACCAUAAAUUCAAUGUCAAACUAGCCGAUUUCGGUAUGGCAGCACUAGAAUCAAAAGAUAAAUUACUGGAAACUAGUUGUGGUUCGCCUCAUUACGCGGCACCCGAAAUUGUCUCGGGCUUGCCAUAUCACGGUUUUGAAUCCGAUGUUUGGUCAUGUGGUGUUAUUCUUUACGCUUUACUGACCGGUAGGUUGCCAUUUGAUGAAGAAGAUGGCAAUAUCAGAAAUCUCUUGUUAAAGGUUCAAAGUGGGAAAUUUGAAAUGCCUGGAGAUGAUGAAAUAUCAUCGGAAGCCCAAGAUUUAAUCGCCAGAAUCUUAACAGUAGAUCCAGAACAAAGAAUCAAGACAAGAGAGAUCCUAAAGCAUCCACUUCUAAGAAAAUACCCAAGCAUUAAGGACUCUAAAUCCAUUAGAAACUUACCUCGAGAAGAUACCUAUUUGAAUCCACUAUCAUUAGAAGGAGGAAAUCAAUGCGUAGAUGAAACUAUUUUGCAGAAUUUGGUUGUUCUAUGGCAUGGUAGAAAUAAGGAAGACAUUAUUACGAAGUUGAUGGAACCUGGUGCUAAUUUAGAAAAGACUUUUUACGCUUUACUGCAUAGAUUUAAACACGAUAAUUACCAAGAUCAAUUGAAGCAACAAGAAUUACAAAAGAAACAAUCUGUCUCUUCGAAUUCGCUGAUGUACGUUGGAUCUUUACCAUCUCCUAAUAAAUCUGAUUCCCCAGUCACCACUCCAAAGAAGAAAAGAACAUCAAUCAUAGUUGCCUCAUCUUCUCACAAAAGACCUGUAUCAAUGCAAAAACUGAGUAGCCAACAUAGCUCACCAGUGAAAAACGGCUCAAUAGGUAAACGUUUGAGUAAGACUUUCCCUUCAAACAAGAGAAUUUCACAGCUAGUCUCCAAUUCGUCUUCUCCAACCCCUGCUGCUCAUAAAAGAGUUUCCAGGAUAAACGAUAGUGCAGCUCCACCCGUCCCUAAAGAAAUGCUUCGUGACUACAAAAGACAAUCAAAGAGACAAUCCAAAAGAUUCUCUCUACUGCCUAAUAUGAAGCGUGGAUCUAUAACAACGAAACUGAUUGCAACGUAUGCAAAACUUUCCGAAGACAGUGAAUGGGAAUACAUCGAAAAGGAAACGAAAAGGACAAGUCAGGACUUUGCUACAUUGAUGGAUCAGAUUUUCGAGCAUGAGAAAUACGAACAAAUACGGAAAGAGAAGGAAGAGUUGGAAAGAAAAGUCAACGAAGCUCGUGAGAAGGAGGAAGCUGAAAGAAAGGAACGGGAAAGGAUCGAGCGGGAGGAGCAAGAAAGACUUGAAAGAGAAGAACGAAAGCGAGCUGAAAGACAGAAGGAAUUGCAAGACCAAAUGGAAGACGAAAUUGCUAAGCUCAAGGCGGAAUAUGAAGCUGUUCAGGGGAGCUCGGAUGAAAGAAACACAGCCAAUGGAAGAUCUGUCUCUGCUCCGAUAGAGACCGAUAGAACUGCAAACAAAAGAGAUAGUACAUUCGGUAUAAAGAAUGACAUCAAUGAACUAAUCAAUACAAGAAACUUCUCUCUACAAACGAGACCAGUUUCCAGACUUGACCCUGGUAUCAUAGCUGCUGAAAGUAGACUGUCAGCUAACCUAGAAGAUGACCAAGCGUCAAAGGAAAAGACUAUUCUGGAAACCAUUAGACGCUCCAAAUUCCUUGGAUCGCAAUUUAACUUGAACGUUGAAUUAGAGAAAGCCCAAAAGGAUUUAGUAUCUAAAGAGAGACAAGAACAAUUGAGAAAGUACUCUGAACAGACUGCAAAGUACGAGGUUCAAAAGUUACCCAAGAAUGCUAAAGCAGUUGCAACUCUCAGAGAUGACGAAGUUGAACCCAGAAAGCUCUCAGAAGUCAAAGUUCCACAAUUUACAAGGAGGUCAAAACAUUUCUCUUCCUCUAACAAAAGAUUUUCUGUAUUGUCACUGUAUUCAACUAAGACUUCAUUCACGAACCUUGUGGAUCAUUUGAAGAACGAUAAUUAUCUUGAACCUCUACCUGGCCAACCUGAAUACUCAUCAUCCAAGGUUGCACAGGAACCAGAAUUCAUGUUUGAGACCGUUGAAGAGCUUGAUGAAAAUUCUAAGCUGUUCGAAGUACCAGAAACAGAGGAAGGAAAACUAGCUUCUGCCGCCAGAAAGGAAUCUACUGAUGCCAGAAAACAAAGUACUAAUGAUAAGGAUAUUAACUUGCCGUCGUUACCUCCAUUGCAGGUAUCUCAUGACGUAGCCGACGAGAAUGGAGCAUUAGGGCUUGGCAUUUACCAGCCAAACGAUCAGACACAAAAGCCCCACAAAACAAUGCUCAUUGAUGAAUCCAUUGAUGAAAAUAUAUCUUCAACAUCAGAUGUCAGUAGAACUGAAGUCGUAAAAAAGCCUCCAUUGAAUGAUGUUGUGAGGAAAAACAAUAAUGAGCGUAAGCCACUCGAAGAGAUCACCCCCAAGGUGGAAAACAAGAGAAAAAUCUCAUUCUUCAGGAAGUUUUCUCAAGGAUCUGAGAAGAAACUUGGCCCGGAGAGCUUUGAUUCUCAGCUGAAGGCAGGCGUUUCUGCUCCAAAAAUGUAUAAAGCUCUGGAUAGACUCCUGAAUGAAUGGACUAACUAUGGUUUGAAGCAUGUUGAAUCAAGCCCUAAUGAUUUUGUCAUUUCUGGUAAGCUGACCAGUGACAACAUCUUAUCUUUAAGAUCCACUGGAUUCAAGAUUACUGUUCUGCCUGGUGAAGGAAAUGGAUCAAUAAUACAGUUCACCAAGAAAUCAGGAUCUACAAAGACUUUUAAUAGACUAGUAAAGGAGAUCGAAAAAAUUUUAGAGAAGGAAAAGGUGCUAGUAUUCUCUUUCUGA